AUGCUCAGAGGCGGCCGCGGGGGCAGGUUUGCUUCGCAGGCGCUCGCACUCGGCGGCCGGCGGGCGCGCGGCUGCAGCUGGAGCUCGGGCGCCUGGAGUUGGAGUUGCCGGAGUUUCCCCCACCCCUCCUCCUGCGCGCGCGGCAGCCGGAGCCGGCGCGGAAGCCGCGAGAGGCGGCCGGCCAGCACCCGGCCGGCCGAGACUUGUCCGGAGCCCGGAGCCCCGCGCGGGGCAGCCCCCGGGGAGGAGCCUCGCUGGCUGGGACGCGUGCCGCGCACUGGCGCUGCCGGGGCACGAGCCGGGCUGAACGGAGACUUACUGCUUGCCCUCCUCGCUUGUUCUACAAUGAGUGCCAAGUCUGCCAUCAGCAAGGAGAUUUUUGCACCUCUUGAUGAAAGGAUGCUGGGAGCCGUCCAAGUCAAGAGGAGGACGAAGAAAAAGAUUCCUUUCCUGGCGACAGGGGGCCAAGGCGAAUACUUAACUUACAUCUGCCUGUCAGUGACAAACAAGAAACCCACACAGGCAUCCAUUACGAAGGUCAAACAGUUUGAGGGCUCCACGUCGUUCGUGCGGAGAUCACAGUGGAUGCUGGAGCAGCUUCGCCAGGUUAACGGCAUCGACCCUAAUCGGGAUUCUGCAGAGUUUGAUUUGUUGUUUGAAAAUGCUUUUGACCAGUGGGUAGCCAGCACAGCCUCAGAAAAAUGCACCUUCUUCCAGAUCCUCCACCACGCCUGCCAGAGGUACCUCACAGACAGGAAGCCGGAGUUCAUUAACUGCCAGUCCAAAAUCCUAGGAGGAAACAGCAUCCUCCAUUCCGCUGCCGACAGCGUGACCAGCGCCGUCCAGAAAGCGAGCCAGGCCUUGAAUGAGCGCGGGGAGCGGUUAGGCCGAGCGGAGGAGAAGACGGAGGACAUGAGGAACAGCGCCCAGCAGUUUGCAGAAACUGCGCACAAGCUGGCCAUGAAGCACAAGUGCUGAGGAACUGCCAAUCCGGGUGACCUUCUUCAGAGAAGUGGAAGAGUUUGUUCAGCAGUUUUUACAAGAAUUCCGGACCUCCACUUGCUUCUUUUCUCCAAUAAUAUAUGGACAUUUAGAGGUUUUGUUUUUCUUUUAAAGAUGUUAAUAUGAAAAAGAUGUUGUGUUUAUAUAUUUCCCUAAUGAUCUUGGUAAGAAUGCUGCCAUAGCAACAGCUCUGAUUUGUUUUUGUUGUUGUUGUUGUUGUUUUUCCACUGUGUGUAUGUGUGUGUA